UACAGAGUUGUGCAGUGAGUCAACGUGUUAUUAAACAACAUAUCAUGUGACCCAGAUGUUGACCCGGAGAUAAUGGAGGAGUCAACUUGAUGGAGGUUUUGUGACUUUGUGGUGUUUUCCUCCUGCAGGCUGUCCUGUCGUCUCACUCCUCCCCUGCUUGAUCCACAUGGACUCGGCCAUCUCCCACCACAACAAGCUGCAGACUGCUCACACCUCUCAGGACAACGACCCCAAACACACAGCCAAAGUCAUUAGGAACUAUCUUCAGUGUAAAGAAGAACAAGAAGUACUGGAAGUGAUGGUACGGCCCCCACAGAGCUCUGAUCUUAACAUCAUCGAAUGUGUCUGGGAUUACAUGAAGAGACAGAAGGGGUUGAGGAAGCCUGUAUCCACAGAAAAUCUGUGUUUAAGGACCCGCUGCCUUGAUCUUCUGGGCUUCCAGCAGUUUAUGGAAGACAGUGAAAUGACCUCUGACCUGAUGGACGAGGGAAAGGAGCUGAACCGCCAGGAAAGUCAUCUGCUGGGAGAAGAAACAACAGUGAAACGGGAAGUACAAAGAAGCUGCUCAUCACUGGAUAUUCUGCUUAAGAUUGAAGAUUGAACAUCUGCCUCCCAGCAGGUCAGUAAAACCGAGACAGCUCUUCAGAAUCGGCGACAACAUCUCCAGCACCAUCAGACUGAGAACAGGAGCUCCUCGAGGCUGUGUUCUCACCCCACUGUUGUUCGCUGUCCUGACACUGCACUGCUCUACACAGCUCCAACCACAUCAUCAGGUUCGCUCAUCAGCAACGACGACGAGUCGGCGUACAGAGAUGAGUUUGAGCAGCUGGCGUUCUGGUGCAGCGAGACCACCAACACCACCUCCAUCACCAAAAUAGCCUAGCAGCGCCUCCACUUCCUGAGACGCCUGAAGCGGGCCAGCCUUCCUCUUCCCAUCCUCACCGUGUUCUACAGGAGCACCAUAGAGAGUGUUCUGACCAGCUGCAUCUCCGUGUGGUUCGGCAAUCUCAUCCAGCUACAACGGAUUGUUAAAGCAGCUGCCAAGAUCACUGGAACAUCUCUCUCCCUCACACGCACUCUUUUCUCUCCUCCCGUCUGGCCGACGCUAUCGCAGCAUUGGGGCCCAAUCCUCCAGGCUGCGAAGUAGCUUUUUCCCACAAGCCAUCAGACUCUUGAACUCACUACCGGCUCUCCCACUCCCCCCCACCACCCACACCCACACAAACCGUUACCUAACUCUAUUGCACUCCACAUACCACUGCCUUUGUAAUGCAGAUGCUGCUCUAUGGACAAUCCUUACACUCAAGAACUCUGCUCAUGUUUACAAGCUGCUACGCUGGUCACUUUAAAUCACUUCAAGGUCACUUUAAAUCAUUCAAAUUGUAAAUUGUUAUUAAUACAUUUACC